AUGUCUCAUUUGGAUGAAGCAGCCCGCCAGCUGUCCAAAAGUGGGACAACUCUCUAUGCCGUGCUGGAGCUUAAGAAAGGUGCCUCACCUGAAGACAUCAAAAAGGCUUACAGAGACCUAUCCCUGUCAUUCAUCCUACCUCCUUCCCCAGCCAUUCCCCCACCAUCCUCUCUCCACCCUCCUUUUGGGUAUUGCCUGGGUAGGAAACUGGCCUUGAAGUAUCAUCCAGACAAGAAUCCAGGGGAUGCUCAAGCAGCAGAAAUAUUCAAAGAGAUCAACACAGCCCACUCCAUACUGAGUGACCCUAAGAAGCGGAAAAUCUACGACCGGCAUGGCUCAUUGGGAAUAUAUAUAUAUGAUCACUUUGGCGAAGAAGGCGUCACUUACUAUUUUACGAUGAAUAGUUGUUGGUUCAAGACACUUGUCCUCCUGUGCGCUCUGCUCACCUGUUGCUGUUGCUGCUGCUGCUGCUGCUUUUGCUGUGGAACACUUAAGCCACCAUCUGAGGAGGUUGCCAAAAGAUAUCAGCAGAAUGUCCAGAAUCAGCCUCCGAGGUCAGGAAACAAAAGAAAUUUUAGAAGAGGGGAAGAUGAUAGCGAAGAUGAUUUCUAA